AAUUAACUCCUCUACAAAAUACACACAGAAUUGGCCUUGAAUGCUACGGUGAAGUGGGAUUCGCUAGAGGAUUCAAUUGGUAUUGGUAAUGGCUUCUGUAGCAGAAAUCAAUGAAAGCGCCACCAAUUUGAAGUUUAGAGAGCUGUUGAAGGAGGUGCAGCUGGAUUACUCUCCUGAAAACACUUCAAUUGUAGACAGCGUCGUUUCAGCCAUCAGAGACGCCGUUGAUAGCAUCCCUGACGGCCUUCCGGUUACAAAAGAUAUUGCACCGAGGUUUGUUCGAGAUGUUGGCGCCGAUAAAGUGGAUUUCAAGUUCAGGAAGCCCAAGUCAGUAGAAAUUGGAGGGAGUUAUUCGUUUCAAUGCGUUGCGAAGCCAGAUGUUAACGUGGAUCUUUUUCUUCGGCUGCCUAAGGAAUGCUUCCAUGAGAAAGACUAUCUAAACUAUCGUUACCAUGCGAAAAGAUUUCUUUAUCUUUGUAUAAUCAAGAAGCAUUUAAAGUCAUCACCUCUCAUCAAAGGUGUAGAAUGGUCAGCUUUCCAUAAUGAGGCACGCAAGCCUGUGUUGGUAGUUUAUCCAGCUGUACAAUUAUCCAAUAAUAUCGCAUUUACUGUGAAAAUAAUUCCAACCGCACCCUCUAUUUUCGCCUUCUCAAAAUUGAGCUUUGAGAGGAACAACAUUCGCUCCCUGAAUCAAGCAACCCCGAAGUACAACAACAGUAUUCUGGAGGACAUGUUUAUUGAGGAAAAUGCAGAGUUUGUUAAAAGAACUUUCAAAGGAUGCAAGGAAUUGGGGGAGGCACUGAUCCUUUUGAAAGUUUGGGCUCGGAAGGCUUCUCUGUAUGUCCAUGACUGCCUUAGUGGAUUCAUGAUUACUGUAAUCAUGGCAUACCUUGUAACGAAGUCGGGCAAAAAUAGAAUCAGUAGUGAAAUGAAUGCAAUGCAGAUAUUGCGCAUCACUCUGGACUUCAUUGCCAAUUCCAAAGUAUGGGAUAGUGGAAUUUUCUUUCAACCUGAAAGUGAAAGAAAUGUUUCAAAUAAGGAGAGGAAGACACAGUUGCAGUCAUUUCCAAUUAUGAUUUGUGAUCCAUGUGGCAACUACAAUGCGGCCUUCCGAAUGUCACCUAGUGGGUUCCAAGAGUUACGUGACGAGGCUGCUGUAGCGCUAAGCUGCAUGGAUAAAUGUGAGUAUGAAGGUUUUGAUGAGAUUUUCAUGACCAAUAUUGAUUAUCCCGCUAAAUAUGACUAUUGCAUAAGGUUGAAUUUAAAGGACAACCAUGAUUUCCAUGUUUCUGGAUAUUGCUUGGAUGAUGAAUGUUGGAGGUCUUAUGAGCAGAGGGUACUGUGUGUCAUUGAUGAAGCACUGAGAGGAAGAACCAAGCUUGUUAGAGUAAUCUGGAGAAAUGCUUCUUCCGGUUGCAAUUUUGAGAAUGGUUUAUCUGUGCUUGAUGGUGAACCUUUAUUUGUUGGGAUCGCAAUUGGAUCUGUGGAGGAAGCUUUCAAACAGGCUGUUCUGGGUCCAAGUCCGGAAGAAAAAGAUAAGGCGGUGGCAUUUAGAAAUUUCUGGGGGGAUAAAGCUACACUCAGAUGGUUCCGUGAUGGUAAAAUUGCUGAAGUUGCAGUAUGGGAGCACGAAGCAUGGGAAAAACAUCUUAUCUUAAAGGAAAUAUGUGAGCAUGUUCUUAUGCGCCAUCUGUCCCUUCCAAAACAAAAUAUCAUUGCGAUUGUAGAUCAACUUGAUUUUGUACUUCGCCACGGCAACAAAGAUCCUGUAUCCCAUGCUGGAAGUUUAAUGAAGGCUUAUGAUGACCUGUCGAAGCACCUGCGACUUCUUGAUGACAUUCCCCUAAGGAUAUCUAGUGUACAGCCUCUGGAUUCAGCAUUUAGGUUGACGUCAGUCUUCCCCCCUGUUCCACAUCCAUUAGCAAAUAAGGAAAACGCUAGAAUAAAGCUGGAAAAGCAUACUGCAACAUGUGUACAGCCGUUAGAAGUUAUGAUUCAGCUGGAAGGUUCUGGAAAUUGGCCUAUGGAUGAGCUAGCUAUGGAGAAGACCAAGACUGCUUUCCUUCUCAGAAUUGCAGAAAGUCUUCACUCGAAGUUUAGGAUUACAUGCACAGCUACAGAGGAUGAUGUAGAUAUUUUUGUGUCUGGGUAUGCAUUCCGUCUCAAAAUUUUGCAUGAGAGAGGUUUAAGCUUGGUGAAAAAACUUGGUGGCCAGACAAAGCAUGUUCUAUCCGCAGAUAAAAAACUUUUUCUUCGUGGUCAACAUUCUAGCAUGAUUGAUGGAUUCCGAGGCCGUUAUCCAAUUUAUGGGCCUAUUGUUAGGCUUGCGAAACGCUGGGUGUCUGCACAUCUAUUAUCAAACUCAUUACCUGAAGAGGCUAUUGAGCUUUUAGUUGCACAUUUAUUUUUGAAGCCCUUACCAUUUAGACCUCCGUGCUCCAGGAUAACUGGAUUUCUGAGAUUCCUACAAUUGUUGUCAGAUUACGAUUGGAGUUUUUCUCCCUUAAUUGUUGAUAUCAAUGGCGAUUUAACUCCUGAUGAUGGCAAAGAGAUCAAUGAAUCUUUCAUGUCAAAUAGAAAACAGUAUGAAGUGAAUAUGCAUAAUGUUAAACCUGCCAUGUUUCUGGCUACUAGUUAUGACAAGGAAUCUGAAGCUUGGACCAUGCAAUCGCCUACAGCAGCAGAGCUUAAGAGAUUGGCGGCAUAUGCAACCAGCAGUGCAAAUUUAUUGACCAACGUCGUUAUGAAGAAUCAACUUGAUGCUUAUGGAUGGGAACGCCUUUUCCGCACACCUCUGAACAACUACAAUGCCGUAGUUCUUCUGCACAGGGAUAAACUCCCCUAUCCACACCGUCUUCUAUUCCCAUCCGAACUUAAACUAGGCAAGCAAGUGAUACGAGGGAAUGCUAGCAAAGCCUUCCAACCCUUCCUACUGCAGGAAGAGAUGAAAAAGAACACGGACGAGCUGAAGAACAAGCUGAUGGUGGGCUUUGAUCCACAAAAAUAUUUGAUCUCUGAAAUUGAGAGAGAGUUCCCCGACACGUUCAAGGUUUGGUGUGAUUCUCUUGGGGGCGAUGCCAUUGGUCUUACAUGUGCAAAUAGCAGUUCAAAGAAGCGCGAUAGAGAUGACAUUGGCGAGGAUAAAGAUCUAUUUGACACACUAAAAGCUGUGGGUGAGUUUGGCAAAGGAUUCGUGAAGAGCGUACAUCUUCUCAAGACCCCUAAAGUAAGCAGUUGAGUUUUGACUCUAGUCGAUCUUUUAGUCUACGAGAGGCGCUGAUGACUAGUCAGAAUCGAGAAGCGCCAUUGAAAACAACUUCCAUUGAGGGAAAGGUGAAGAAGGGGACUCAAUAGGUUUAUAGCUAAUUGUAUUGACAUAGGUUAGAGAUGGCUCAAGUAUAUUAUUUGUGUUUGAAGAACUCAGCCUGAAGGCAAUUUUGAUUUCAUUGUUUGAUUUUUGACUAUGUAAAAGAUUGUUCAAUAUCUAUGUUUCAAUGAUGAAGUGAUGUUGUGAGGAAA